UCCUCUAGCCCCAAGCCUUGAGUCAUCCAGAACCAUAGAGAAGGAAGAACCGGGCGCCGCACUUACCAUCGAGUUUGCGGUCCAGUCCGCCAGUCCUCCAGACCGAAGAGAGCUUGUGAUAGAGCGUCUGCUAUUUCCGUUUCUCUGACGUUCUGAUUUUGUGUUUGUAAUUGAAGAGAUGGCGGGAGAGGGUGAAGGAAUGGCAGAGACAGGGUCUGGUUCACAGAACAGCUCAGGAGCAAGCAGUGGUGAUACAGCCUUAAAGAAAAAGAAAGCAGCCCCGAAGAUGGUGAAAUCCCGCUACAUGCAAUAUGACAAGCCCAAGGCUGCUAAGAAGCCAAAUGUGGAAAAUUCAACAUUGUCUUCAGCUGGAAAAGCUCCAGACAGGGGAGGAAAUGGCACUCCUACCCGCAGAUCUGUAGUACCACAGAGGUUGAAGGCUCCUUCUGCAAUUAAUGCCAGUGUUGCAGAUGGAAACCUCUUUCGGAAAGAGGAUUUACAAUCUACGUUGUUAGACGGUCACAAAUAUGUUCUCCCAGAACUGGACUUCUCUGUUAUUAAUGAUAAAACAUUGCAAAAACUGACUCCAAAAUCUUCAUCUACAUCAGAGCAAAGGAAACUGAAAAGGGAGACUGCUCCUGUAAAUAAUGCACCAACCGAUGUAAUCGAUAUGUAUGAAUCACAAACAUUGCUGUUUACACAUUUAACCCUUAAGAUGGAGAAAAAUAUUAAACGUCUGGAAGAAAAAGCAGAGCGCAACCUUUUACUAGCAAUCGAGGAAAGGAACCGACUACAAGAAAAAGUGUAUCAGUUAAAACAUGAUCUCUCACUGACCAGAAAUGAAACACAGCUUAAUGAUUUGCUGAAAAAGCAGGCUGAAGGUUUGGUACCCUCUUCAGCAGCUAUGAAACAGUUCAAAGACAGCUACACAUCAUUUGCAACAGCGGUGGAUUGCACAAGGCACCAGCUACCCAUAAAUAAUAUCCAUGUUGUUGGCACGCGACAAAGAUAUCUAGAUAAUAUUCAAAAGCAUCUGAGUGCCACUAAAACGCUUGUAGAAGAGGCCAUUCCACGCUCAUGUGAUGAAAGCAUAGAUUUGCUGGCCACAAUUAAGAGUUUGGAAGAUAUUGCACUUAAGACGGAUACAGAGCUUUCAAGGAGUUUACACCAGAUCCUAGAUUUGUCAUCCAAAGUGAACAAAGAAAUGUCUUUACAGAGCCAGAAGUUGGUGGAAGAAAACUGUGAAGUUGAUGUCAUGAAGCAGUGGUAUUUUGACCAAGCCAUUUCUUAGCUCGCCACAG